UCCCCCGGCAGACUGACUCUCAGCCCGGACGGAGACACGGAGACAUACCGACAGGAUCUCGGAGAGGUUCGGAGAAGAGACCGAGGACAGUCGGAGAGAGAGAGAGAGAGAGACAGAGAGAGAGAGAGAGAGAGAGAGAGAGAGAGAGAGAGACAGAGAGAGAGAGACAGACAGAGAGAGAGAGAGAGAUGAAGAUGAAGAUUAAAGGAGUCUUCACAGUUUAUGACGGAGGAAUAAACGAUCUCUGAGCCACGGACAGAGGCUUCACUCUGAUACAAAGAAAACAGUGAGCCUGCAGCGGAUUAAUAUCAUCAGGAGGACUUGGUCAGCCUGUGACAAAGACCCGGGAUAUAACUGUUAUUGAUCGGUCUGUAGUCCCGUUUGUUUGGUCUGUAGUCCCGAUCAAUGCUUCAUGUAAACAAACCGCUACUCGAGCUAGCUGCAGUUAGCCCGUUAGCUCUGUGCUGCUAGCACGUAACUUUAGAUUAAUGUAUUAAAAAGGAGCGACGAUAAUCCCAGUUUAACCAGUCUGUUUGGGUGAUGAUAAUUAUUAACCAACUCUAACCUCAGAUCAUUAACCUGCAGCCGUUGACAGUUUAUGUCCGUCUUUAUAAGUUUAUUAGCAAAAUUAGCCUUUCAGCUAACAGCUAGCUGUUUAUGUGUAAUCGUCUCAGCUUAAUGACAUUGACUAGUUUAUUAAUCACAAAACAACAGAGAAACCAAACAGAACUGUGUCUUCAGGGCGUCGAAGCGUUUUAGAUAUGGUGUCAUAAACAAAUCAACUCUUCGAGGAGGAUUAGCAUCAUCAUGCUAACGCUAGCUAGCCGUGAAGUCUGAAAAUUGUAUUGGAGAUUAAAUCCGUCAGCAGUGUCACACACACACACACAGAAACAAACACACACACUCGUUUAAUACACACACAUUUUAACAUACACAUGUUAUUAUUCGUUUAGUUUAAUUAUAUUAAAGUUUCUGAACGUUAGCUCCUGAGUGUUAGCAUUGAGCUACAGGUCAGGAUGUACUCUUUGAUCGAUUACUUCAUUUAGUUUCAGUCUCAGAUCUGGUUCUGCACAGGACCUACUUUUAUAAACUGAUAUUAUUCAUGGUCUGAGUGUGUUCACAGUGUAGUAUGGAGCUGUGAGGCCCAGCAGGAAGCCUCUCCUGUGGCCGCCCCUCCCCCCCUGAGUCUGGACUCACCCCUUCUGUUCCCCCGGACUGUCAGGAUCUGUUCCCCCGGACUGUCAGGAUCUGUUCCCCCGGACUGUCAGGAUCUGUUCCCCCGGACUGUCAGGAUCUGUUUUCAGGACUGUCAGGAUCUGUUCCCCGGACUGUCAGGAUCUGUUCCCCCGGACUGUCAGGAUCUGUUCCCCCGGACUGUCAGGAUCUGUUUUAGGACUGUCAGGAUCUGUUUUCAGGACUGUCAGGAUCUGUUCCCCCGGACUGUCAGGAUCUGUUUCCCGGACUGUCAGGAUCUGUUCCCCCGGACUGUCAGGAUCUGUUCCCCCGGACUGUCAGGAUCUGUUUUAAGGACUGUCAGGAUCUGUUCCCCCGGACUGUCAGGAUCUGUUUUAAGGACUGUCAGGAUCUGUUCCCCCGGACUGUCAGGAUCUGUUUUAAGGACUGUCAGGACAGUCAGUAUCUGUUUGCACGACUCUCAUACUCUGUGUCCCGGGUUCAGACAGGCUGGUCCCGGGGCUGUGAGCCGGUAAACGGUGGAUGUGAUGGAACUGAUGUUCGCCGAGUGGGAGGACGGGGAGAGGUUCUCCUUCGAAGACUCGGACCGGUUUGAGGAGGACUCACUGUGCUCCUUUAUCUCUGAGGCUGAGAGCCUGUGUCAGAAUUGGAGGGGCUGGAGGAAGCAGUCUGCGGGACCAAACUCCCCUACAGUCAAGAUAAAAGAUGGUCAGGUCAUCCCUCUGGUGGAACUGUCAGCAAAGCAGGUGGCGUUUCAUAUCCCAUUUGAGGUGGUGGAGAAAGUGUAUCCUCCUGUCCCAGAACAGCUGCAGCUCCGCAUCGCCUACUGGAGUUUCCCCGAGAAUGAGGAGGACAUCAGGUUGUAUUCCUGUCUGGCUAACGGGAGUCCAGAUGAGUUCCAGCGUGGCGAGCAGCUGUACAGGAUCCGAGCAGUCAAAGAUCCUCUUCAGAUCGGUUUCCACCUGAGUGCGACGGUCGUGUCGAGUCAGGCUGGUCAGUCUAAAGGAGCGUACAACGUGGCGGUCAUGUUUGAUCGCUGUCGCAUCACUUCCUGUAGCUGCACGUGUGGGGCGGGGGCUAAGUGGUGCGCCCAUGUGGUGGCAUUGUGUCUCUUCAGGAUCCAUAAUGCGUCGGCGGUGUGUCUCCGGGCUCCGGUCUCUGAGUCUCUGUCUCGGCUGCAGAGGGAUCAGCUGCAGAAGUUUGCUCAGUACCUGAUCAGUGAGCUUCCUCAGCAGAUUCUGCCCACAGCUCAGCGUCUGUUGGACGAGCUGCUGUCCUCGCAGUCCACGGCCAUCAACACUGUGUGUGGAGCGCCAGACCCUACAGCCGGCCCCUCAGCGUCUGAUCAGAGCACCUGGUACCUGGACGAGUCAACCCUCAGCGACAACAUCAAAAAGACCCUGCACAAGUUCUGUGGGCCCUCACCUGUCGUCUUCAGCGACGUGAACUCCAUGUACCUGUCGUCCACCGAGCCGCCUGCUGCAGCUGAGUGGGCGUGUCUUCUACGACCUCUGAGGGGACGAGAGCCUGAAGGCAUCUGGAACCUUCUGUCCAUUGUUAGAGAGAUGUUCAAGAGACGAGACAGCAACGCCGCCCCACUGCUCGAGAUCCUCACCGAGCAGUGCCUCACCUACGAACAGAUCAUCAGCUGGUGGUACAGUGUUCGGACGUCAGCGUCUCAUAGCAGUGCCAGUGGACACACCGGGCGCAGUAACGGCCAAUCAGAGGUGGCGGCUCAUGCGUGUGCGAGCAUGUGUGAUGAGAUGGUGGUGCUGUGGAGGCUGGCGGUGCUGGACCCCACCAUGAGUCCCUGCAGGCGCCUCGAGCUGGCGGGGCAGCUGAAGCAGUGGCAUCUGAAGGUCAUCGAGAUCGUAAAGCGAGGGCAGCACAGGAAGUCUCUGGACAAACUGUUCCAGGGGUUUAAACCCGCCGUGGAGUCCUGCUACUUUAACUGGGAGGCGGCCUACCCGCUGGAGGGCAUCACCUACUGCAGCGCUGACAAGAAGAGCGCCACCUUCUGCUGGUCCAGAGCAGUGCAGCUGCAGAGAGGAGCAAGAGCUGCUGCAGGAGGGGGCGGGGACACGUCAGAUGGAGGGGGAGGAGCCAGAGGAGAGGGAGGAGCUGAUUUCAAGGGAAGAGGAGGCGUUCACUCCUCCCAGCAAGAAGUGGCCGUGCGUCCCAAAGAGACCAUCCUGACCAAAAGGAAGGGUCUGUCUGUCAGCGGAGGGGGGGGGGUGCUGGUUCGGCUGAGUGGCAGUGUGUCUCUGUCCCUGGAGGACGGAGGAGGGAAGUGCAUGUACAAAGGGCCCGGCUCCUCCUCAGGGGGGAAGCUAAAGAUGACUCAGGGAGGAGGGAAGGGGGGGUCAUGGUUGGAACAGGAGCAGGGGGGGGGGGGGGGGAAACACGCCAGCACUAAACGGAGGACGAGCAGCGAGGAUAGUUCUCUAGAGCCCGACCUCGCUGAGCUCAGCCUGGACGACGGCUGCAGUCUGGCUCUGGGUGCUGAAGCGAGCAACACCUUCGAGUUCUUGCCCCCGCCCCCCGAGAUGCUGCCCUCCCCCAGCCCGCUGCUCCGAGACUCUCGUAAAUACAGCGGGGGUAGCAAAAUGUUUGAAGCAAAGCGCGUGAGCCUCGUGUCCGCUGCAGAUCCUCCACCCCCCCAACUACCCCCUAAAGACACUGUGCUGGACUCUGCUGAGAAGGAGGCGGAGCUACAGGCUGAGCUGCAGUCUGACACGGUCCAGAACAGAGAAGAAGAAGUAGAUUCUGCUGCAGGGAACCAGCCAGCAAUAACCGCUUCAACCAAAACCCCCGCCAAGCCCCCACAGGGCAGAGGAGCAGGAGAAGGACCUGCAGCAGCAGUAGGGGCUGCAGCAGGAGGAGGAGCAGGAGAAGGACCUGCAGCAGCAGGAGGGGCUGCAGCAGGAGGAGGAGCUGUAGGUGAAGACGACUAUCAAGCGUACUACCUGAGCGCUGCCUCAGAAGAAGGAGCAGACAGGCAGCUGGCUGAAAACCACCAGGAGGAGGAGCCAGACAUCUUUGCAGGGAUCAAACCGCUGGAGCAGGAGGGACGCAUGGAGGUGCUGUUUGCGUGUGCUGAGGCCCUCCAUGCUCAUGGUUACAGUAAUGAGGCGUGUCGGCUAGCUGUGGAUCUGGCCAGAGAUCUGUUAGCAAACCCCCCUGACCUGAAGGUUGAGCAGCCGCAGACAAAGGGGAAGAAGAGCAAAGUGUCGACCAGUCGUCAGACUCAGGUUGCCACCAACACGUUGACUAAAGCUGCCUUCCUGCUGACCGUCCUCAGUGAGAGACUGGAGCUCCACAACCUGGCCUUUAGCACCGGCAUGUUCUCCCUGGAGCUGCAGAGACCGCCGGCCUCCACUAAGGCCCUUGAGGUGAAACUGGCCUAUCAGGAGUCAGAGGUGGUAUCUCUGCUGAAGAAGAUCCCUCUGGGAUUGGUGGAGAUGUCCGCCAUCAGAGAGCGAGCAGAGCAGCUCAGAGACGGAAACUUCUGUGAUUACAGACCUGUGCUGCCGCUCAUGUUAGCAAGCUUCAUUUUUGACGUGCUGUGCACCCCAGUUGUGUCCCCAACGGGCUCCCGGCCACCGAGCCGCAACCGCAACAACGAGAUGCCGGGUGACGAGGAGUUGGGCUUUGAGGCCGCCGUCGCUGCUCUUGGUAUGAAGACCACGGUGAGUGAGGCGGAGCAUCCUCUGCUGUGUGAGGGGACUCGGAGGGUGAAAGGUGACCUGGCACUGGCUCUGAUGAUCACCUACAAGGAUGACCAGAGCAAACUAAAGAAGAUCCUGGACAAACUGUUGGACCGGGAGAGUCAGACUCACAAACCUCAGACUCUGAGCUCUUUUUACUCGAGUAAACCUGCUGCAGGAAGUCAGCGCAGCCCGUCCAAACACAACAACACUAGCAGCCACGGCGGGGUAGGCGGGGCCACAGGAGGGGUCUCUAAACACGCCACCGCCUCCUCCUCUGCCGCCCCUGUAGCUGCCACCUCCUCCUCUGCUGUGACUCUGACUGGAGAGGAGGUCUCUCACCAAGACCUGAACCCAGGACAGACCAGUUCAACUGGAGAGACAGUAUCAGAUGGAGCUCCGCCCACUGAGCAGCAGACUGAAACAGCUCCGUUCAAACUGGAAACCACAGUUCCCAGUCGGCUGGCUUUGGGAGCUCGCUGUGGCUCCAAUCAGCGCUGCUGGGGCUCACCUGUCCGCCAGAAGAAGAAACACACAGGUAUGGCGAGCAUCGAUAGCAGCGCUCCAGAGACGACCUCGGACAGCUCCCCCACCCUCAGUCGCCGCCCACUCAGAGGAGGCUGGGCAGCUACAUCAUGGGGGCGGGGCCAAGACAGUGACAGCAUCAGCAGCUCGUCGUCUGAUUCCCUGGGCUCCUCCUCCUCCAGUGGCUCUCGUAGGGCAGGGGGCGGAGCCAGAGCCAAGAGCACUGACACCAGCAGAUAUAAGGGGCGCCGUCCUGAGUGCCACGCCCCCCACGUGCCUAACCAGCCGUCUGAGGCUGCGGCUCAUUUUUACUUUGAGCUGGCGAAGACGGUUCUGAUCAAAGCAGGCGGGAACUCGUCCACGUCUAUCUUCACUCAGCCGUCAGCCAGCGGGGGUCACCAGGGGCCGCACAGGAACCUGCACCUGUGCGCCUUUGAGAUUGGACUGUACGCACUCGGACUCCAUAACUUUGUGUCUCCCAACUGGCUGAGCCGGACGUACUCUUCCCACGUGUCGUGGAUCACAGGUCAGGCCAUGGAAAUCGGCAGUGCGGCUCUUAACAUCCUGGUGGAGUGUUGGGAUGGUCACCUGACCCCCCCUGAGGUGGCGUCUCUUGCCGACCGAGCGUCCCGAGCCAGGGACCCCAACAUGGUACGGGCAGCCGCUGAGCUCGCCCUCAGCUGCCUGCCCCACGCCCACGCCCUGAACCCCAACGAGAUCCAGAGGGCGCUUGUGCAGUGCAAGGAGCAGGACAACCUGAUGCUGGAGAAGGCAUGCAUGGCAGUGGAGGAGGCAGCCAAAGGGGGCGGAGUCUACCCUGAGGUCCUGUUUGAGGUGGCCCAUCAGUGGUACUGGCUGUAUGAGCAGUCGAUGGGAGGGGGCUCGGGUCAGCAAAGGGAGACAUCCGGACGCUGCGGGGCCAAUGGGGGCCCGGGCAGGAGACCCGUGGAGUCCAGCUGUGGGGUCAUCGAAGUGGGGGCCAACAUGGAAUCAGGGGGGUUGGCGACAGUGACGGCGUCGGUAACUGCGGCGGCAGUCGUCCCCGUCAUCUCGGUGGGGUCCACCAUCUAUCAGUCUCACCCCCUCCCUGUUCAGGCCUUGGCCCACCCCCACAGCGCGGGCCUCCACCCCUACACCACCAUCCAGGCCCACCUCCCCACCGUCUGCACCCCCCAGUACCUGGGACACCCGCUGCAGCACGUCCCCCGCCCCGCCGUCUUCCCCGUGUCGGGGGCUGCCUACCCUCAGGGGAUGCACCCGGCCUUCAUUGGGGCUCAGUAUCCAUUCUCGGUGGCUGCAGGUCCUCAGCCCCCUCUCGCAGCCACAGCUGUGACGUUCCCCGGUGUCCCCGUCCCGUCCAUGACGCAGAUUGCCGUCCACCCGUAUCACACGGAGACUGGGCUGCCGCUCAGCACCACCGUGGCAGUGGGCAGCAUGCACUCUGGUCCCGCCCUCCAGGCCCUGCCCUCGCUCUCCUCUCAACCUGCCCCAUUGGUCAGCACGGCGUUCCCAUCAGAGGACGAUCAGCACAGCCAGCCAAUCAGCCAGCAGGGCCUGCACUACCUGCACUCUGCAUACAGAGUCGGCAUGCUUGCUCUGGAGAUGUUGGGCAGACGAGCUCACAACGAUCAUCCAAACAACUUUUCCAGGAGCCCCCCCUACACCGAGGACGUCAAGUGGCUACUGGGGCUCGCUGCACGACUCGGAGUGAACUAUGUGUAUCAGUUCUGUGUGGGAGCAGCUAAAGGUGUCCUGAGCCCGUUCGUCCUGCAGGAGAUCAUCAUGGAGGCUCUGCAGAGGCUAAACCCCGCCCACAUCCACGCCCACCUGAGAACACCUGCUUUCCACCAGCUGGUGCAGCGCUGCCAGCAGGCCUACCUGCAGUACAUACACCAUCGACUGAUUCACUUGACGCCUGCAGACUACGACGACUUUGUGAACAUCAUCCGCAGCGCCCGGGGGGCGUUCUGUCUGACGCCGGUGGGAAUGAUGCAGUUUAACGACGUCCUGCAGAACCUGAAGAGAGGGAAGCAGACCAAGGAGCUGUGGCAGAGGAUCAGCCUGGAGAUGGCCACCUUCUCUCCCUGAGGGGGCGGGGCUUCUCUCCCAGAGGGGAGGGGCUUCUCACUGCAAGUAACAUCAAAGGGGCAGGGGGAGGGGCUCCAAGACUGUUUCUACCCCAUACACUCGAGAUCUAUCAGGAUCCUUGAUUUUAGAUCGCACACAGGAAGUACAAUCAGACCCCGCCCCCUUUUGUUCAGUAUGUCUGUGGACUACAGUGUGUGUGUGUGUGUGUGGGGAGGGGGCUGUGACCUCCAUUCUUCCCUAGUCUCCUUCCUUGUCACCCCAUCCCUAACAUUUGAGGACCUUCUGUUUUUGGUUUGACCUUUUGAUACUAAAGAACCUGAAGAGGAAGAGGAGGAGGAGGAAGAAGACGAGGAGGAAGAGGAGGAGGAGGAGGAUGAGGAAGUAGAGGAGGAAGAGGAAGAAGAGGAGGAAGAGGAGGAGGGGGGGAUAUUGUUGUUGUUUUUGGGAUCCGUCUUUACAUUUCAACCUAAAAACCCCAGACCAGCCGGCCCCUCAGGAUCUAGGACUCAGUGAACACCACCUGGAUCAGACUCCUUCAGUUGGAUCUGGAUCUGGACCAGACUGCAGGUGACCACGAUCAGGUUUUCGACCUCCUGAAGAAGAACAUGAAGAGAGUUCGUUGUCCUGCACGUUGACAACGUGUGGUCAGCGUGCAGGAGUUUAAUCAUUCAAAAUAAAUAACUCAACAUCGGGUGUGUAGGACUUUUAUUUGUGUUGCCAUGGUAACACACCUGUAAUGAAAUAGUUUCAGAGUUUAAUUUCUGGAUUGAAAACCUUCAAACAGGAAUUGAAGAACAUCUUCAGUCACAACAAGUUCCUGUUUCUUCCUGGUUCAGGAGAGGAGGGUCUAACCGAGGGGCCGCUGGAUCCGUUCUCUCUCCUGAGUUUGAAGUCUGGAGGGUGAGUUCUCACCUGGUCCUGGUACUUGUUUCACAGUCAUAGCCCCCCCCCCCCCCCCACCUGGAGUUGUUUUAGACCAUGGUGCUGUUAUCAACACGUCAACGCUCCAUCCAUCCUGGCAGCUCAGUGGUUCUGGACUCUGAUUGGACGUCACAGGUGAAGGUGUGACCUUGCAGGCGUGUAGAAAAAAGUUGUGUGAUAUUUUUGUAUUCUUUAAAGUGUAGCUCCAUUAAAAGUUCUCUAUGUGAUUGAAAAGAAUAAAAAAAAUCUGAGCAAUACUAAAGUGUAGAGUUUACUAAAUAAAGACAUUAAAACAC